CUUUGACGGGCAGCAACACGCUGUUGGCCGGCAUUGGUUCUGUUUGUCGUUUCUUUGUCUUUUUUGCUCCCUUCAACCAUGCGACUGCUGUUUGUAUUGAUGAGCAUAGCCGUGCUGUUGCUGGUGACAGUACAGGCAGGGCGAGAUUAUUAUAAAAUUCUUGAUGUGCCUCGCGAUGCGCCCAAGAACCAAAUCAAACGUCAUUACAAAAAGCUGUCCAGAGUAUACCAUCCUGACAAGAACCCAGACAACAAGGAAGCUGCUACCAAGUUUAUGGAAGUGGCCGACGCUUACACUGUUUUGAUGGAUGAUGAGAAGCGAGCCAUUUACGAUCGGUACGGUGAAGAAGGCUUGGAACAGCAUAAAAACGGAGGUCAUGGAUCCCCUUUCCAGAAUCCUUUUGACAUCUUUUCUCAUUUCUUUGGCGGAGGCUUCGGUGGAGGUCACGGACAGCCUCAGGAACGACGAGGUCCGGAUAUGCAGGUGAUGCUGGAAGUGACUUUGGAGGAUUUAUACAAUGGGGCGUCGAUCGAUAUCGAUAUUUCGAAACAAGUGGUCUGUGAUCACUGUCACGGCAGCGGAGCUCGUCGAUCCGAAGACAUCAAGACGUGUACCGCUUGCGGCGGUCACGGCGUUGUCAUCCGUCGAGUGCAACUGGCCCCGGGCAUGGUCCAGCAAAUUCAACAGCAGUGUGAUAAAUGUAGAGGACAAGGAAAAGUCAUUACCCACGUUUGCCCUGCUUGUGCAGGACAAAAAGUUCGUCGUGGCAACGAGCAGUACAAUAUUGCCAUUGACAAGGGGGUAGAGGAUGGUCAAACCUUGGUAUUGGAACAGGAAGGUGAUGAAAUGCCGGGCGUGAUUCCCGGCGAUGUGGUAUUCACGGUCUCCACCAUCCCUCAUCCCGUGUUUGAACGACGAGGCCAUCACUUGUAUACCAAGCAAACCAUUUCUCUCAUUGAGGCCCUGGUUGGAUUUGAAAAAUCAUUGACCCAUUUGGACGGUUCCAAAGUGAAGCUACAAAGAGACACCGUGACUCAAUAUGGAUAUGUGCAGACGAUCAAAGGCGCUGGUAUGCCUCACCAUGACAAUCCAUCGCACCAUGGCGAUCUCUACGUAGAAUACCAGGUGGUGUUCCCCACACACAUGGACAAAGAUGUGAUUACACUACUCAAGAAAGGAGCCCAUUUCCCGCCUCAACAAACACCGCUCUAUCAAGAACUGUAAAGACUUCAGAAUUGGCAUAUAUUACCAAAUCAUUUAUCAUAGAUUCACUUAAAUUUUUAUUUAUUUCAUGGGUGCAAUUGAUACGUGAUGGACUAUGCUGCAACACAGAUGACUCUUUUUUUUGUAUUACUUCCAUGCCUGCCUGUUUACAGCAUACAAAAGAAAAAGAAAAGAGUAAUGGUCAGAUUGCAUGCAAUUUCGUUCCGGUUUCUGCCUCUUUUUUUUAUCCAACAUGUACGCGACUGAAUUGCCUGCAUAAAGUUUGCCCCUGACAGUGAGACAAUGAAAUUGAG